AUGUCCAAUUGCUGGUGUCAGACGCAAACAAGUCAACUGAGCGGCGGCAUCAUGCAGCGUUUCCUUCAACUGAGCGCGGAAGAAGCGUCCCUGGCGCUUCGACCGACCCUGGUCAAGGGUCGGUGGAAGAACCCGAUGAUUUCCCUUCGCCAGCAAGCGACCGUGAAGAAAGUAGCCAUCCAAAACGGCACUGUCGGCUCGUGGACACCCGGCCAAGGCGGGUGGUUGGAAGCGUGGGAUACGCAAAAGAAACACACGGUGAUGCGUCCCCCGAAGGGACAUGCGAAUGAACGUCGCGAGGAAGACCGCGUCAAGAAGAUUCAAGCGGCCAUGGCGACCAUGCCCAAGAAGAUCGAGGAACACAGGGCGGCCCUGAUCAAGGCCAAGCCGGUCAAGGGAUUGGAAAAGUGGCUCAACGAAACCAGCGCCUAUUAGGAAGCAUGCCACAACAACAACGAAUCAACACAUAAACGGGGUACAUUUUAAGCAAACCAGCGACUUUUGCGCCACACAUUCCGCACUGACACACGUCUCUGGGACAUUCA